AUGAAAAAUAUAAACAAAGAAUGUAGGUUUAAGAAUGAUCAAAAAAAUAAAAAUAAUUUCAACUAUUUUGAAAAAGAGAAAAAAGAUAAAGACACAUUUCCGAGUAAUUUAUGUGAAAUAUUAUCAUCAGAUGAUAGUAAUGAAAAAUGUGAUGAAAAUAAUAAUAAUUUUAUAAUUGUUGAAUUAAUUUCAUAUAUUUGUGGUAACUCAAAGAUUAUUUCGUUUUAUCCUAGUACAAAUAAAAAUAAUUUAGGUCAAAAUAAAUAUCUCUAUCAUUUUUAUAAAAAAAAAAAAACAAAAUUAUAUUUAUGCUUAAAUAAAAAAAAUAAUGAAAUAUAUAUAUAUGAAGUACAAUGUAAAUAUACCAAAAAGAAAAAUGAUACUUAUGAAGACAUAAAAGGCAAUAUAAAUAUUGAUAAAUUAAAUAAUUCUAUAGAAACCAAUGGAAAUUAUAUAGUAAAAAUUGAACAUAGCUAUAAUACUAAUUCAGUUAAUGAUGAAGAUAAUAAUUUUAUCAAUGAAUUGUCACCUCCCCGUAAAGAUAUACAUGUAAAUAAUAAAUUAAAAGAAAAAAAAAUAAAAAUUGAAAAUUCUACAAAUAUAUCAAAAAAAAUUUUUGUAACCAAAUUAUUUGAUAGCAUAAACUUCAGUUAUGAUUUAUCAACCAUUGAAUAUACAAAAUUAAGUAACACCGAUGAUAAAACAUUAAGUUGUCUAAAAAAUAUUCUAGAAAAAAAAAUUUAUAAAAAUCCGGAAAAAACAAAAGAAGAUAAAAAGAGCAAGUGUCACAUAGGUUAUAUGAAUAAAAAUAGUUUUAUACAAUGUGAUGAUUUAAAUAUGCAACAUUCUUUUGAUGAAGAUAAUGAUUUUCAUUCAAAAAUUAAUUUGAAAAAAAAUAGUUUAAUCAAUAUAGAAAAUAUUGAGAACAAUAAUAUUAAUAAUACUAAAAAUGAUGAUGAAAUAAAAAUUUUAUUUCUUCAUUUUCACGAGCCUGCACAUAUUUUUAUGAAUCAAUUUGCCAAUAUAGAUCAAAGUAAAGAUGAAAAUUUUAUGAAACAAAUAAAAGGAUUUUUAAAUGAUGAAAAAUAUAAAAUUAUAGAAAGGGAAUAUUCAAAAGUAAAAAAAAAAAAUGAAUAUGGUUCCAUUAUACGUAAAAUAAAAAAUGAAAAUAUACCAUGUAGUUUUUUAGAAAAUUAUGAAAGUGAUAUAAGUAUAUGCAGUAAUGAUCUUUUCUUUAGUGAUUCUGAAGUUAUAACAAGAGAAUGUGAAUCUGAUAUAAAAGAAAAUAAAAAAAAAAGCAUAAAUAUACUUACAAGAAAUAAUUUAAAAGUAAAAUGGAUUUUAUUAAAUUUAAACUUAAAAAAUGAAGAAGAAGUUAUGAUACAAAAAUAUGUAAUAUGUAAAAAAUCAAGUAUUGAAAAAUUAAAAAAUUCCAAUUUUUGUUACAACAAUUUAGACAAUAUUUUACUAAAAAGUAGAAAAAAAAACUUAAAAAAGGAAGAAAAUGGAAACCAUAUUAUAAAGAAUAAUGAUAUUUUAAAGAAUAAAAAAAAUCAAAAUAAUAGUAACAAACAAAUUUCUGAUGAAAGUAAAAAUGAUUUUGUUUUCGAACACUUAAAUAAAAUACAUAAAUAUUAUCACAAUGAAAGCAAGUUAAAAAAUAAAAAAAAAAUUAAUGAUAAUAAUUUAAUUUUUAACUUUCAUUUAGAUGAAAAUGUAACAGAUCAAAUAAAAAGAAGCAAUCAAAAAAAAGAACAAGCAGAUGAAAAGAAAACAGUUAAGGAAGAAAAAGAUAAAGAAAAAAAGAGAAAAGAUGAAUAUAAUUCUAAAGAUGGAAAGUCUUACUGCGAACUUGAAAGGAUAAAAAAAAAUUACAAUUCAGAAAAUGAAGUAAAAUGUUAUGAAUAUGAUAAAAUAAAGAAAAAUUACAUUUUUGAAAAUGAAAAAGAAAAUUUAUAUAAAGAUAAAAUAUAUAUAAAUAACAAAGCAGUUGAUAAAGAAAAUUUAUUUAAAGAUAAAAUGAGAACAAAUGAUGAAAAUAAUGAAAAAGAAGAAAACUUUCAUUUAUACACAGAUCGUAACUCUUCUACAGAAAAAUUAUUGAAUAAAUAUUCUAAAAAUGAUAUUUAUGAAAAUGAUAGUUUAGAUAAAAAUAAUACAAAAAAAAGAAAAAUUAAUAAUGUUGAAAAUUAUUAUGAUAUUCAAAUUAAUGAUAAAAAAAUUAUGACUGAAAAAAAAAAAAAAAAUACUGAAGGUGAUAUUAUUAAUGUUAAAAAUAAAAAAAUUGACAAAAGAGAAAUAAUUUAUAGUGAGGAAAAUAAUACUAAUAACAAGAACACAAAAAAUAAAAAUAAAAUUAAUAUUUUAAAGAAUUUUUUUAGUGAUUCCGAAGUAAAAAAUAACAGUGAACAUUUUACUUAUGUAAAGGAUGAUAUAGUAGUAGAAAAUAAAUAUAUAAAUCAGGAUUAUAUAAAGGAAGGAAAUCAAAAAAAAUGGGAAAAUUACUACUUUAAAAAUAAUUUAAAUCAUGGAAAUAAAUUUAAUAUUCAUAGUAAUAGCAAUAAUAGCAUAAAUAGUAAUGAUGAUGGUAACAGUAAUACUAAUAAUUAUGAUAAAAAUAAUAAUGGCAAUAAUAAUAAUAUUAAUGAUAAAACAAAUAAAUGUGGUAACAAUUAUGAUGAAAGUAACAGUAAUAAUAAUAAUAUUAUAAAGAAUUACUGCAAUAAUAAAAAAGUUAAUAAUAACAACAAUGACAACAACAAUAACAAUAAUAACAAGAGAAACAAUAAGAACAACAACAAUAAUAAUAAUAUUAAUAUUAACAAUGAAAAUAAUAAUCUUAAUAAUAAUAUUAAUAAUAAUAAUGAUAAUAAUAAUAUCAUUGAUGAUUAUAUUAAUGGUGAUAAUAAAUACGAUGAUAUAAUUGAUAACAAUAAUAGUAAUAAUAAUAAUAAUGACAAUAGUAGAAAUAAAGUAUUUAAAAUGAGAUGCACUCAAGAAAAUAUGUUGAAAUUAAGAAUUAAUCAUAACGAAAGUAAAAAAAACAAUGAAUCUAACGAAUUUUUAAAUCGUUUUUUCUUAAAAUAUAAAGUAAAUACAUUUUACGAUAUUAUAAAAAUAAUAUAUUGCAACUAUAGACAUUUUAGAUAUACAGAUAAAUUAAAAUUUUAUAUUACUACCUUUUUAAAUUUUUCUAAAAUUGAAAAAGCAAAAUUACAAUUUAUGCAAAAAGAAAAAAUAAUAGAUACAGAGAUACUGAAAUAUUAUAUAAAUAGAAAAAUAUUAGAAAAAAAAAAUGUAUGGAAAUUAAAUAAUUACAAAAUUGACAAUUUUAAUAUUUUUCGUUUAAAUAAAUCAAAAUAUAUUGAUGAUUCCAUCAUCGACUUUUUUAAUAAUUAUAUUUAUUCAUUUAUUCUAAAAUUUGAUAAAGACAAGAAUGAUAUUUAUAUAUUUAAUACUUUUUUUUAUAAGAAAAUCGAAUUAUAUGAUGACAUUUUUAAAGCAUAUAUUAACACAAAUAGAUGGAUUAAAAAAUUGAAAAAAAAAAUAUAUGAAUAUAAAUAUGUAUUUAUUCCUAUUAAUAUCAAAAAUACUCACUGGUCGUUAGUUUUACUUUAUUUUCCAUUUAAUAAUACUCAAGAAAAUAUAGAUAGAAUUUUAGAAUAUAAAACAGAAGAUUAUAAAUGUAAUAAAAUUAUUAAUGAAGUUGGUGAACAAGAUGGCAUUUUUUAUAUGCAAAAUAUUUGUAAAAACAAAGAAUCCUCAAAAAAGAACGUGAAUAUUCUUAUAAGAGAUAAUGAUUAUUAUAAAGGAGAAAUUGAAAAUUCACAUAACAAAUUUAGAAACAAAUCGAAUGAAUCAUUUUUUUUUAAAAAGAGCAAAUAUAAUGUAUUUAAAAAUUAUUUUAGUUUCUUAAAUGAAAAUGAUAAUGAAGAAUAUUAUUAUAAUCAAUUUCAAAAAAGUUUAAGCGAUAUAGGUGAAUCUAGUACAAUGUUCUCUAAUGAUGAGUUCUCAAAAAAAAAUCACCCAAAUAGAUUUACCGAUAAAAUUUUCCUAAAUAAAAAAAAGAAAUUAAAAAUAGAAAAAAAAAAUAAAAACAUUAAAAUAGCUUACAUGAUAUAUCUAGAUUCUUUAUUACCUUCUAUAAAAGGAAAUAAAAUUUUACAAAAAUUAAAAAAAUAUGUAGAGCAUUUAUUUAUAUUAGAUCAAAUGACAAUAAAUAAAAAAGAAAUGAAAAAUAAAAAAACUGAUAUUCAAGAAAUAUUUUUUAAGUUUAUUUAUCCAAAUAUCAUUCCGAAACAAAAUAAUAGUUAUGAUUGUGGUAUUUAUAUUAUUCAAUUCAUUUUGCAUAUAUGCCUAAAUAAGCACAUAGUUGAAAAUGAUUUAAUUAAUCCUUUUAAACAACAAAUAAAAAGCAAGCUCAUAAAUCAGAAAUUUAAUUUUAAUUUUUCUAAUGAAAAUUUGGAUAACUAUGCUUUUUCGAAACCAAAUAUCAACAAAUCCAUUCCUUGGUUUGGACAAAAAGAUAUAAGCAUAAAAAGAAAGCAAAUGAAAAAAAUGCUUUUAUAUAUGAAAGACGUUAUUAAUUGGAAAUCGGACAAUCAUAUUGAAGCAUUAAAUUUAUUAUUUUUAAUGAAUUACAAUAAUGAAUAUAAAAAAAACGUAACUGAAGUAGAUUAA